AUGCUGCCUUAUAGCAAUAGCUCCCUUCCUUUGGAAGUCUCAGAAUUUAUCCUGAAUUGCUUUGUCACAUCUCCUAUCUGGCAGUUCUGGCUGUCCCUGCCACUCAGUCUCCUCUUCGUCCUGGCCAUGGGAGCCAACACCAUCUUUCUCAUCACCAUCCAGCUGGAAUCCUCUCUGCAUGAGCCCAUGUACUACCUGCUCAGCCUGCUCUCCCUGCUGGAUGUCGUGCUCUGCCUCACUGUCAUUCCCAAGGUGCUGGCCAUCUUCUGGUUUGACCUCAGGCCCAUCACCUUCUCUGUCUGCUUCCAGAUGUUCAUCAUGAACAGAUUUCUCCCUAUGGAGUCCUGCACCUUCCUGGUCAUGGCCUAUGACCGCUAUGUGGCCAUCUGCAGGCCUCUGCAUUAUGCUUCCAUAAUUACUGAACAAUUUGUAGUGAAGUCUGUUGUCUUUAUCUUGAUCCGGAAUAUGUUUCUCAGUUCACCCAUCCCCAUCCUCUCUGCCCAGCUCCACUUCUGUGGACAAAAUAUAAUUGAGAACUAUGUCUGUGCCAACCUCUCUGUGUCCAAGCUCUCCUGUGAUAGUGUUGACCUUAACAGAAUCUUCCAGCUGACUAUGGCCUGGACUCUUCUGGGCUCUGACCUCAUCCUCAUCUUCCUCUCCUAUACUUUCAUCCUCAGAGCAGUUCUUAGACUAAAGGCAAAAGAAGCAGUUGUCAAAGCUCUAAGCACCUGUGGUUCUCACUUUAUCCUUAUCCUCUUCUUUAGCACCAUCCUGCUGGUUCUUGUCUUUACUCAUGUGGCCAAGAACAAAGUUUCCCCUGAUAUCCCUAUCUUACUUAAUGUCCUGCAUCAUGUCAUUCCUGCAGCUCUGAACCCCAUUGUCUAUGGAGUACGAACCCAGGAGAUUAAACAAGGGAUUCUGAAAUUACUGAAAACGUGUGGGUAA